AUUUCUUUUGAUGGCAUCUAUGCAAACAUGAGAAUGGUUCACAUACUUACAUCAGUUGUUGGAUCCAAAUGUGAAGUACAGGUGAAAAAUGGUGGUAUAUAUGAAGGAGUUUUUAAAACCUACAGUCCUAAGUGUGAUUUAGUGCUUGAUGCUGCUCAUCGGAAAACUGCAGAAUCCAGUUUGGGGCCAAAACGUGAAGACAUACUAGAGAGUAUCUUGUUCAAGUCUUCAGAUUUUGUUAUGGUGCAUUUUAAGGAUAUGGAUACCAAUUAUGCGAGAAGAGAUGCUUUUACUGAUUCAGCCAUCAGUGCUAAAGUAAAUGGUGAACACAAGGAAAAGGAUCUUGAACCAUGGGAUGGAGGAGAGACCACCACUACUGAGGAGCUUGAGGCAUUAGAGACAGAUGUUUCUAAUGGAUGGGAUCCCAAUGACAUGUUUCGUUACAAUGAAGAAAAUUAUGGUGUAGUAUCAACUUAUGACAGCAGUUUGUCUUCUUAUACGGUGCCAUUAGAAAGAGAUAAUUCAGAAGAGUUUUUAAAACGGGAAGCCAGAGCAACUCAAUUAGCAGAGGAAAUUGAAUCAAGUGCCCAAUACAAAGCUCGGGUUGCCUUGGAAAAUGAUGAAAGAACAGAAGAAGAAAAAUAUACUGCUGUUCAGAGAAAUGCUAACGAACGAGAAGGACAUGGUGUGAACACUAGAGAAAAUAAAUACAUUCCACCUGGACAGAGGAAUAGAGAUGUCCUGUCCUGGGGGAGUGGAAGACAAAACUCACCAAGGAUGGGCCAGUCUGGAUCAGGCCCACCAAUUUCAAGGUCUGGAUCCCAUACUUCGGAAUUCAGUCCUAACUCUGGAGCAGAUCAAAGAGUAGUUAACGGAGGUGUUCCCUGGCCAUCGCCUUGCCCAUCUCCUUCCUCUCGCCCACCUUCUCGCUACCAGUCAGGUCCCAACUCUCUUCCACCUCGGGCAGCCACCCCUACACGGCCGCCCUCCAGGCCCCCCUCGCGGCCCUCCAGGCCCCCGUCUCACCCCUCUGCUCAUGGUUCUCCAGCUCCUGUCUCUACUAUGCCUAAACGCAUGUCUUCAGAAGGGCCUCCACGGAUGUCUCCUAAGGCACAACGGCACCCUCGAGGUCACAGAGUCUCUACUGGUAGGGGUACAAUUUCAAGUGGCUUAGAAUUUGUAUCUCAUAAUGCACCAGGGGAAGCAUCUACUACUGCAGUGGCACGAGGCAGCCCUUCAGGUGGGACGUGGUCAUCAGUUGUCAGUGGGGUUCCAAGAUUAUCCCCUAAAACACACAGGCCUAGGUCCCCACGGCAGAGCAGCACUCCCACGGGACCAGCUCUGCCUUCUCCGCAGCCUGGUACUAUUCCCACUGAGUCUGUUGCCAUGCCUGUUCCAGCUGCCUCUCCUACACCUGCCAGCCCUGCAUCCAACAGAGCAGUUACCCCUUCCAGUGAAGCUAAAGAUACUAGGCUUCAGGACCAGAGGCAAAAUUCUGCAACUGGAAACAAGGAGAAUAUAAAGCCAAGUGAGACUUCUCCUAGUUUUCCUAAACCUGAAAACAAAGGUGUAUCUCCAAUUGUUUCAGAACACAGAAAACAGAUUGAUGAUUUAAAGAAAUUUAAGAAUGACUUUAGGUUACAGUCAAGUUCCUCUUCAGAUGCAGUGGAUCAGCUGCUAAGCAAAACCCGAGAAGGUGAAAAAUCGAGAGAUGUAGUUAAAGAAAAGACAGAAUCAACCCCUAAAGAAUCUAUCAUAGAAACUGGCAGUAAUACUAACUCUAAUGGUGGCAGUAGCAAACCUAAUAGUCCAAGUAUUUCUCCUUCAAUAAGUAAUAGUUCUGAGCAAAAGCGAGGGCCUGAGGUAACUUCACAAGGUGUACAGACGUCUGGGCCUGGAAGUAAACAAGAUAAAGACGAUAAAGAGGAGAAGAAAGAUACUUCCGAGCAAGUUAGAAAAUCAACACUUAAUCCUAAUGCAAAAGAGUUCAACCCUCGAUCUUUUGCUCAACCGAAACCUUCUACUACACCAACCUCCCCUCGUCCACAAGCUCAACCUAGCCCCUCCAUGGUGGGUCAUCAGCAGCCAACCCCAGUGUACACUCAGCCUGUUUGUUUUGCACCAAAUAUGAUGUACCCAGUUCCAGUGAGUCCAGGCGUGCAGCCUUUGUAUCCUAUUCCCAUGACGCCCAUGCCAGUGAACCAAGCCAAGACAUAUAGAGCAGGUAAAGUACCAAAUAUGCCGCAGCAACGGCAAGACCAACAUCAUCAGAGCACCAUGAUGCAUCCUGCCUCAGCAGCAGGCCCUCCAAUUGUAGCUACGCCACCUGCUUAUUCAACACAAUAUGUUGCAUAUAGUCCCCAACAGUUUCCUAAUCAGCCUCUUGUGCAGCAUGUGCCACACUACCAGUCUCAGCAUCCUCAUGUUUAUAGCCCUGUAAUACAGGGCAACGCUAGAAUGAUGGCACCACCAACACACGCACAGCCUGGUUUAGUAUCUUCUUCUGCAACACAGUAUGGUGCGCAUGAACAGACGCAUGCUAUGUAUGCAUGUCCCAAAAUACCAUACAGCAAGGAGACAGGCCCUUCUUUCUACUUUGCCAUUUCCACUGGCUCACUUGCUCAGCAGUAUGCUCACCCUAAUGCUACCCUGCAUCCGCAUCCUCCGCAUCCUCAGCCUUCUGCCACACCAACUGGCCAGCAGCAAAGCCAACAUGCUGGAAGCCACCCUGCUCCUAGCCCCGUGCAGCAUCAUCAGCACCAGGCUGCUCAGGCACUCCACCUGGCAAACCCACAACAGCAGUCGGCAAUUUACCACGCAGGUCUAGCUCCAACCCCACCUUCCAUGACGCCAGGCUCCAAUACGCAGUCUCCACAAAAUAGUUUUCCUACAGCACAACAAACAGUCUUCACCAUUCAUCCCUCCCAUGUUCAACCUGCAUAUACCAAUCCGCCACACAUGGCCCAUGUCCCCCAGGCUCAUGUACAGUCAGGAAUGGUUCCUUCUCACCCAACUGCCCAUGCUCCAAUGAUGCUAAUGACGACACAGCCACCUGGUGGUCCCCAAGCCGCCAUCGCUCAAAGUGCACUACAGCCCAUUCCAGUCUCGACAACAACACAUUUCCCCUAUAUGACGCACCCUUCAGUACAAGCCCACCACCAACAGCAGUUGUAAGGCUCAUCUGGAAUAACUGAAAGGCUGGAUACCUUUUGUAGGCCAAAUACCCUCCUUCUACUGCUUCUGCCAACUGGAAGCACAGAAAACUAGAAUUUCAUUUUAUUUUGUUUAAAAAAAAAAAAUUGAUUUCUUGUAACAUCCACUAGGAAUGCUAACAGUUCAUCUUGCAGUGGGAGAGAUUCGGACUGAGUAGAGGCAUUUAGGAACUUGUGGGCUAUUCCAUAAUUCCAUGCACUGUAUCUGAGUCCUGCAAGUGCCCCAACUCUGCUUGCUGAAAACUGGAAGUUAUUUAUUUUUUAAUGACCCUUCAAAGUUACGAACUCAUCAGCUAGCAAAAGAAGUAACAAGAGUGAUUCUUGCUGCUAUUAUCACUAAAAAUCAAGACUUGGAGAUCCCUUUUACUUCUAACUAAACUUGAAACAGGUUCAGUAAAAAAAAAAUUCUAAUCGUCAAACUGAUGAAUUAUUAUUUAUAAAUCACGUUUGAUGAGAUAAUCACUAUCGUGAGACAGUGAUGUAACUUUUAAGUUAAGAAAACUUUUACUUUGUAGAUAAUAUAAAAUAAAAACUUAA